AUGGAAAAAGAAACAAGGGAAAACUGGAAAUGCCACGAUUGCACUGCCGAAGCGUUGUGUGGAUAUCAUGCUAAGUCACAGAAUUCUCAAGCAUUUGAAACGCCUCAGAUGGCUAUGGUACCAUACACCAGACGCGAGAUGCCACAAAGGUCCGGUUUUGGCUCCGAUGCUCCCAAAUCUCAAAGUGAAAGAUAUCGUACUCAGCCGCCAGAGGAGAUGGAUCUAAACAAAUCCAGGGCAUUCAUAGAGCUAAAAGCAUCUGUAAAACAAAAUACCUUACGAGCAAACGAUGUAAAUGAUAGGAUGGAUUCGUUGGAACAGAAGGUUGACCUUAUCGAUCGCCAAAAGCUGAAGGGGUUAGAGUAUACUCUAACACAGCUAAAAAAUCAUAUGCGUGCAAUUGAUCAAGAUUUGUUAGUGAAUGAUAUAGAGAUCACGGGAAUCCCUGAAGCUCGUGGAGAAAGGAUUAAUAGUAUCGUGCUUGCCGUGGCCAGAAGGCUCAGAGUAUCUAUGGGAGAUCGCGAUAUCGUGGCCGCUUUUCGCCUCACACUGCCUCGUCCACAGUUUGCUGGCGCCGUUAUCACCCGACCACGCCCUAUUGCUGUCACGCUUGCGCAUCCGGCACUCAAGAUGUCCCUGCUUGAAGCUGCACGUGCACGGCCCGAUGUUUCCAUCGCGGAUUUAGGCUUCUAUGGAUUGCCAAAUCAUUUUCACGUCAAUCACAGGUUGUCCAAGUACAACCACCAGCUGUACCAUAAAGUAAAAGAGGCCGCAAGAAUCAAGAAAUGGCGUUUUGUAUGGAGCAAGAAUGGAAAGAUUUUUAGCAGGGGAGGAUACAGGUUCGGUAAUUCACAGAUUAUCCUCAGAAGCUGA